GUACGUUAUGUAUUUUAAUCCGGUAGGCGUGAUUUCGACACGAGAUGCUGUUACAGUAACAGUGUUACUAUAGUCAGCCAGGAGAUAAUAGCUGGUACGGUGUUUGGCGGUUGCGCCUUGAAACGCAUCGCUGUGCGAGAAAAAGAAAAAGGAUAAGAAAGUGUUGUACGUUGUUCGUAAAACCGAUAGUACGCCUCGCGAUGCGAUUGAAAUUCACGUGAAUGGAAUGCGUUACUGUCAUGUAGUACGUACAAUGACGUAUAGACGUCAAGAGCACGCGAAGUACUUAUUUUUUUUUCGCUGUUAUCAUGGGUUCCAGAUUGAGAGACAAUGUGCAACUUCUCUUUGAAUGCUUCUGUGAAGUAGCAGCACCGCUAGGAGGAAAACUACCUUGGAUACUCCAAAAGUAUCCUAGUUCUUUUUUGGAUGAGGAAAUACUCAAAUCUGUUCCUAAAUUUGCAUAUCCUUGUGAAUUAGAAAACUUGCUGGUGCAGCAUUUUUCGUUUGUACUCACUAGUAUAGACUCAAAAUGGACAUUUGGGUUCUGUCGGCACGAUCCCAAAACGGAUACAGCUUUAGUAAUUUUGAGCGCAUUACCGUGGCACGAAAUAUUUUACAAACUUUUAAAUCAUAUCGCGACUUUAAUGAGCAAUGGCACUGGAGAAGAUGUUUGGAAAUUUCUUGAAAUUGUAUACAAAAGUACAGUUCCCAUUCCCGGUAAUUCUAUAUCCAUUCCUGUACCAAAUUCUAAAGUGUAUUUUGUUUGUCGAAGUCCGAAACAAUUUCAACUACCGAGUAUACCGGAAAAUAGAAACUUGACGGAAUAUUAUAGCGCUGUUGAUGCUCUAAAUAUGAUGAUAAUAUUUGCUAGCAUGUUAUACGAGCGACGAAUUAUUUUUACUUCGAAACGUCUUUCAAGAUUAAGCGCUUGUGUUCAAGCAUGUAAUGCUUUAAUUUACCCAAUGAUUUGGCAACAUAUAUAUAUCCCAGUUUUGCCAUUAUCUUUAAUAGAUUAUUUAUUGGCGCCAAUGCCGUUUUUAAUUGGAGUACCAGCACCGACGCUUCAGAGAGUACGUAAAAGCGAUUUGGGAGAAGUAGUUAUUUUGGAUGCUGAUAACAAUACCAUAGAAUCUCCCUUUCAAGAUUUGGAGUCCUUACCUCAAGACGUAGUGACCAAUUUGAAAAAGGGGCUACGUAAUAGACCUGCGCUUCUUGGGGACGGUGUGUCGAGGGCAUUUUUACGAGCAUUGGUACAGUUAACUGCUGGUUAUAGGGAUGCAUUGACUUUGGAGCAAGGACAAAGCAUUACUUUUAAUCACAAUGCAUUUGUGGAAAGUAGACCAUCUUCCAUGCAACCUUUUUUACGAAAAAUGUUGGAGUUACAAAUAUUUCAACAGUUUAUAGAAGAAAGACUGAACAUGCUUAAUUCUGGGCUUGGCUUUUCGGAUGAAUUCGAAAUGGAAGCUUGUAGCUAUUCCGCUAAAUCUAGUAGUAAAUUUAUGCAACAGUAUCGAGAGUGGACAUAUGCCAUGCGAAAAGAAAGUUCUGCAUUUUUCCGCAGCGUAAAGGAUAAGGCCAAUCCAGCAGUAAAGUAUGCAGUUAAAUCAGUGAAAGACAAGGGGAAAGAUAUGAAAACAGCGUACAAAGGCCUAAAAUGGAAAGGACGAUCAAAUAGAAGCGAAACAAGUAUGAGAUUUCAUCAACCAAGAUCCGCACCUAGUUCACCAACAUCGGAUAGAAGAUCCAUUGAUUUCACAUCUCCACCAAAAUCACCAAAUGGUUUCACAGCGACUACUAGUUAUAGAAAAGAUCUUCGAAUACGUAAUAGUAAUUUUACUGAUUCAAGGCAGCAAUAUUCACCGUUAAGCCCCAGUUCUCCAGAAGAAUCCGAUUCUCCACCAGAACGGGUGAACAUUGACCUUAUGCAAGAACUUCGCCAUGUGAUAUUUCCAAAUACACCUCCUGUUGAUAGAACAUUGAAACCAGUACGCAGUUUAGACAGCUUGAGACCUGCAUGGAGUGGGCACUUGCGGCACGGCCCUCCACCUAGUACAGUUACCGCAAAUCCAAUCGAUAUAUCUUCCGCAAAAACUUCGUCCCAUCCCGUUCCGCAUUCCAGCGUAACUAGUUCAGUCGAUCAGUCGAGUAUAUUGUCGAACGCCAACGACACGUUAUCCAAUGAUACUUUAACUGGCAACAGCAGAUCGUGCCCGUUCGAUUCACCGACACCGAAAACAAAUAAAUCGGAGGAAAAGACUGACGCUUCGUUUUCGCCUGUAUUUACAAAAACCGCGGCCAAUUCGCAGUCAAGUAAUUUCUUACACGAAGUUCGUGUCAACGAAUUUAUAAAGCGUAAUUACAAUGCGUCCUUCUGUCCGCAAACAUCGGAUGGGAAACGAUACCAAAACGACAGCGAAAAUUACUCGAAACGCGUUAAAUUUUACACCGACGACGCGUUCACGAAUCAUGUUCCGGACGCAGGCGAUCGCUCUUUCGACGCGUGUUUGAAAGAUAUUGAUUCUGAUUCCCAUCCGAAAGAGAACGAUCCCUUCGAUACGAGCAAAGUGUUCAUGCCUUCCUAUUUGCAACCGUCAAUAUUUCACGCCACAAACGCAUCGUUGUCUGUUAAUUGUCACGUUCCAUCCCAUGCAUUCAGUAGUACGUCCUGUUCUGCACUUUCAAAGGACUCUCCUGAAGUGCCAGAUUUAAUUAGAUUAGAUUCAACAACGAGCAGCAAUGACUUCGAUCCGUUGCUUUCCAAGUCCACGGAAUUCACGAGUUCGAAACAGAUGAGUCAGUCGUUGCAUAUUCCUGAAAUGGGCGAGGGUCUUAGCAACCCACUCUAUCCGUACUUCCAACCGCUGCACAAAACUACCGACGGCCAACAGAAAUCUUCCGAUAAUAUUGGUGACCUGGAUCUGUUACAAGCGUACGGCUUGGACUUUAAUAAAUUUAGUAUAAGUAACGGCGAUUCACCGACGAGAAACUCAACAGUGUGCAACACAUCCGACAGCAGUAUUAGUAAUGUCGAUAACACGUUCAGUUUAACGCUGAACACGCCUGCCAUUAAGUCGCAAAACAAUUGGACGAAAUUCGAAUAG